AUGAGGCAACCAUGGUUCGAGUGGCCGCAAGGCAAGCUCGGCACGGACAACGGCCAAGCGGAUCAGAACCCAAGAAAGAAGUGCUCAUAUCACAAUGAGCUCAGCCACUACACAACGGCAUGUGCUCCCUACAAGGCGUUGUUGGAACGUUUGGUGGCUCAAGGCCAUCUCGAUGAAUACAUUGACCGAUCAAAAACGCCCGCCCGGCAGACAAAUCCCAACCCCAACGAACAGCGCCCACUGAUACACGUUAUCCACAGCCUCGUGUCAAAGGACUUUGAAUCAACUCUUCAGGCUGACCUUAAUCGCGCGUCAACUUCCAGGCAGGUACUUGCGGUAGGACCUGGAUCCAAACGUCCACGAACAGAAGAGUUACCCAAAUGGAUGAUUACUUUUACCGAGCGCGAUCUUGAACAUGUGCAAACACCACACUCCGACGCCCUCGUCGUAACUGUCCAAAUUGGAGUACAUGAUGUCAAACGCAUUCUUAUCGAUCAAGGAAGUUCAGCAGAGGUCAUGUAUUACGACCUUUUCAAGAAAUUGGAUAUACCAGAGUCAGCCCUACAACCUACCGACGUACCCCUCAUCGGCUUCAAUGGUGCACCUGUCUGGCUGCUCGGCCGAAUCUUUCUCCCAGUCGUCGUCGGCUCAAAAACUCUAACCGUCGAAUUCAUCGUCGUCAACGAAGACAGGAAGAUUUGCGAGGCGACCAAGUGGCCUCAAAAAAAUGCUACGUCUCAGCCGUCCACAACUCUGCCAAAGCCAAACAAGUACAAUGGGUUGAAGUCCCCGACAUGGCCGUAA